ACCAAGAAACACACACAAACAGAGAUACCUGUACACACACACACACAGACAUGUACAUACACACACACACAGAAACAUGUACACACACACAGAGACACAUGUACACACAUGCGCACAGACACAUGUAUACACACACAGGCACAUACAGACGCACAGACACAUGUACAUACACACAGACACAUGUACAUACAUACACAGACACAUGUACAAACAGACACAUGUACGCACACACACAUACAUGCACACACACAGACACAUGUACACACACACACACACACAGACACAUGUACAGAUACACACGUACAUACACAUAGACACAUGUACAAUUGUACAUGCAUACACACACACGUACACAUACACACACCCAUAAAAAGUUGCAGUACUUUGUUGUUCACUCACAGAUCCGGGUACUGCACUCUAGGGGGAGGCAGAGAGCACAGCCCACACUCCUUGCUUUGCUUUCACUGCGCUCAGCUAUUGAGCAGUCUGACGGCUCCCAGUGCCAAUGACAGAUCCAGCCUGAGCUCCGAGCCUGCUCAGCAAGACGGCCCUGGGGGACACACUCGCCCCCACCAUAAAUUCCACUAGCCAUUGGCGAGCAGGCGAGUGGAAAUUUCAAGC